ACACCUGAUGUUCUCACAGUACGGGUCUUGAAACUUUCUAACAAAGAGGACGAUUUGUAAGUGACAGCAGAGAAUAAAGACCGCAGUCAUACCGACAGAAAAAAGGGAGAAAGUUCUUUCAAUACAAGGUGACAGUUGGUUGGGCAGAGUGCGAAACGAGUCAAUGAUUCUUUGACAGGGUGUCUUCAGUAUGCGUCCGCAUUUCCAAGGCCUGUAUUCGCGGUUAACACAAAGAACAGUGUUACUGUCUUGAAUCUGUAAGCAUUCCCCAAAAGCAAGUUAAAUAAUAAUCUUCACUGUUUUGCUACUAGAGGGAUUUUUAACCUCCUUGCCAAACUUGAAUCGUUUGGUGGACGACGAGAGGCUUUGAUCUGGUAAUACCUUGACACAAGAAGAUUACCAUUACUUAUAAUUAUCCGGUCAGAUGUUAGAAGGACCAAUGCGAGGUAAGGGACAUUGUCCUUUAUUUCGAGUGUUGUCGGACUUUGAAGAAGUCUGAAGUCACAACCACCAUGAAGCAGACGACAUUUCUAUGGAGGAAGACCUUUCAGUCUGUCAACGUCAUUUGCAAGACGUUUGGAAGUUUUGAACCGUCUUCGAUAGACAGCGAUCUUCGACUGCUGGAACAAACAUGGUCAUAUCAAGAUUCUUUCACUGGGGAUUGUAUUGAGAAAAACAAUUACUGUCCUAGAAACAACAACAGCAGCUCACUGAGGAUAAAGAUGAUUGAACAACAGCAACAAUCAUGUCGAAGGUCUCAGAUGUGACAGUCGGUAUCCAAGGGAGUAAUUUUGGAGUGACAGCACAUGACCAGAACAAUGACCUCUGUGACUCUACCUUACGUCACCGUCAGCCUCGCUUCGACUUUGGCAUCAGCACAGAACUCAUCAAGCACCAACACAGAUAACGGCUACCAGAAGGUGCUCAUCACCGUAGGCGUCAUGGUCGGCGCCGUCGCCAUCGCUUUCAUCAUUGCCAAGAUCGUCGACUACUGCUACGACCACACUAUCGCCACUCGAGACGACGCCAGCGACAUCAGCGAGCACACGCGCAACCUAAUCAGAGCGCGCCUAGUCGUUGCCCAGCUACAGAAGAAAGUCCAAAAGAACGAAGACAACGACCUGGAGCGCCAUAGAAAGGUGUUGCGCGUGUGGUCGGAGAAGGGAAAACUGUCGCGCAAGAUUGCAGACCAGCGUCGAAGCGAGGAGCAGAAGAAGGAGACGGCCAAGCGCCAUGAGCUGAUGGUCAACCUGGACGGCGCCAUGGACGACAGCAAGCUGAAGGCCAGUCUGGAACACGCUGCCGCUAGCCUGCUCGUCGUGUCCGAGGCUGACUCGGUCAAGCGAUCCCCAGGUGUAAGAAGACUGAGACGAACUGUCCUCGGUCUUGGCCCCGAGGCGCCAGAGCAGGCAGGCAGCAGGACUCGGACUCCGAAAGUCAGCAUUGUCGUGACGGAAGCUCCGGACGAUGGGCUUCAAUCCGUCGAUUCUCGCGAAGGCUCGACGCCAAACAGCUCUGAGAGCGAACCUGUGCCGGAAAUGCAUCGACCUCAAGUUGAACCUGAGAAGGCUGAUGGCGUUCCUGUACAAACAGAAGGUGACACGACUUCAGUAGCUUCUGAGGGCAAAAAUCUUCCCGCAGAGAAAGCCGAAGCUCAAAUCCCGCCCGUAGAGAAUAUUCUCAUUUCAGAGGAAACUUUCAUAGAUCAAAGUUGUGACCGUACUGCGGUUCCACUGACCACAGAGAAUCACCAAAUUCCGAUAACGGAUGAAGCCGAGAAAAACGUGAAAGAGUUACAAACAUCCCGAGAUCAACCCUCCGCGACAUCCGACAUAAUCCAGGUGACUGCUGCCAAGAUCGAGGAAACCAAAACCGGUGCUGACGCAAACAAAUCCGUGAAGAAAAGAGACACGGGUACAAGCAGACCUGCUAGUCGUCCAGUGACUCCCAUUUCUAGACAGGGCCUCCCGAUGGUCCUCCCAACUGGUGUGACGUCACGUACCGACGACCGCUUCCGUCGCGCGCACUCGGCCAAGAACGCGACUGUGAACCAGACAGAGUUCAACCGCAGUGCCACCGCCCACGCGCGCGACAAACCUCGACCGAAGUCGCAACAAGGCGUUCCCAAGACCACCUCAUUUAAAACACUAGCAGCAGUGUACAGAAACACCACAGGGCUACAAGUGCACAGACCUGUCACCGCCAAGAAAAUGUCGAACAACGAUAGUGAUGACAUAGCCCGACCAUCACAGAGCAGUGAAAAAACAAACCAGCGACUCUCAGAUAGAGGGAAAAGUGCGAAGUCGAGAUGAUGUUUCUAAAAAAAUACAUGAAAAUCGAUUCAGUGUGGAAGGCAAUAUUUAAUAAAAGUUUCUAGGAGACCAUCACGCCAAAGAGUCACACAGCAAGGAUGCGGGGGAGGGAGUGGGAGAUAAAACGUGGAGGUGAGUGCAAGGAGGUGACCGUUGCUACCGACGAUCGGAUUGGUCGAUGGACACUACAAUGUUGAUGCUUUGGACAACAACGGAGAGUCUCGUCAUGACAUAAGCAUGAGUGAUGUAUAAACAUCAAGUCUGUAAUGGCAUAUGUGCGACUUGUGCUAUGGUUUCACAGUGUAUCGCUACAAAUAUAUGUGAACAUUAGUAGUCAGGCAUUUGAAUGAGGAGUGAGGCACACAAAAUGUAAGGAAAUAUUACAGAAUAAGUUUGAGAUAUAGUUUAUUGGCGGAGAGGAGAGUAAUUAUGGGUAAGGGAAUUGGAAACAUCGGUACCCAGAGAAACCGUCCUGAAGUCAGACUAGAAGUGCCAUACUGUGUCUGCUGUGAUGCCAUGAAGAUGACAGGCAAGAUGAAGUAUGUUAUGUCUGCUGUGAUCCUAUAAAGACUAGAAGUGGCAUGCUAUGUCUGCUGUGAUGCCAUGAAGAUGACAGGCUAGAUGAAGUAUGUUAUGUCUGCUGUGAUCCUAUAAAGACUAGAAGUGGCAUGCUAUGUCUGCUGUGAUGCCAUGAAGACUGAAGACUUGAAGUGAUAGACUGGUUGUACACAUUGUGUGAUGACAAAACUUCUACAAGCCAGCAUGCAUAUGAUAAAGUUCUUUUUAACAUUCUUACUAAUUUCAUGUUAAAGUCCAAAAAGACGUGAUCCUGUAAGGGGGACCAAAAAAAGGCUCAAAACACAGGAAGAGUUAAAGAGUGUGCAUGAGAGAGAAAGAAAGAGAACACACUCUUUUCAAUUUAUUUAUAUAUAUUUUUGAUGUCAGAUAUAGUGAACAUCUCACUUCUCACCAACAUACCUCCAACUGAGGUCACACAAUGCCAUGUUUAAUGUGUGACAUGUAAUGUCACAAAAUACUCCAUUUCGGUUUUUUUAACAUAAUGCACCAUUGUGAUCCUUAAACAAGUUUAUUCGUCUGAAAGUUUUGUUUAGGUCAAUAAUAUGGAAAUAACCACAUACAUGAAUAUAAACACCAUCUUUUUAUUCCUGGUUUUCUCAGAUGUGUGUGUUCUCGGAUCUACUUAUGUUUGAGUACUGUUUCGUUAGUGUCGUGAAGGAAUGAGCUUUCCGCUCGUCAAGUUUCAUACAAAGUAAAAUUAAUUUUUUUCAAAAUGUCAAAACUUUCAGGCAGCACAACCUUGAAACAAUAUUUUAUGAUGAUAGUACGUAGAGCACAGUGCAUAAAUUGACUGCAUAUAAAGCACAAACAGGUAACAAGCACACCCUGCCAUAGCUUCAUUCACAAAAUCGAUGGACGGAGCUUUUCAAUUCUGCAGAGAAGCAUGAAAUGACAGUAUGAACAAAAAUAAGCCAGAUUAAACACUGAAAGUCAGGUCCCCACGACAGAUAACUAGGUCCUGCCUUGCUGGUUGGUUGGGAGGGAAAGUGCUUCGACUAGAAGAGAUCUCACACUCUGAGAAGUAUGUAAAGUUAAAAACUGUUCUUACAUCAUUGUAAGAACAUGCACACUGCAACACUUUAAAAUCACCUCAUCAGAAAUUUGGAAAGAAGUAAGCUGAGGCUGACCUGAAUGACCUCACAUCUGUAAUCAACAUGCAGUAAGUUACCUACUCCAAUUGAAUUGAUGUGUUUGUCAAGGGGAGAGCAGCACAUCCCUCUUGACAGAUCUGGCUGUAACAGGCACAAAAUGACAUCUGCAGGGUGAAGAGACUUCUUUGGAGUUGGACACAGCCUGGAACAUGCACAUGGUAACUCCUUAUAAUACUGAUGGUGUAGCAAUGGCAGCAGGCAUUACAACAUGCGUAGUUGUUUCAGCAACACCUGAGACAAAGGAUCAUGUGACUUCCUGACCACUUUAUUCUUGUCUAUUGCUGCCUCUGUGCCUUCACAGACUGGAGAGACCGAUGACAUGAAACACUCAUUGAUGUUGACAUGCACAUGAAAUACUGAUAUUUCAGGACAAAUGAGCCUCAAAUUCAAAUUUCUAAAUUUAAUAAUCACUGAAAAAUAAUUCCUCAGCAUUGUUAUAAAUAAGACAAAGAUCACGAAGGUGGGACCAUAAUAUGACCAGAUUGCUUAUAGUUCUCUGAUAUUUAACACUUUACCAAUGAACUUUUCAUUAAGUCACAACUGAAAUAUGAUCAAACUUCACAACCUCAGAAAAUAACCUCAGAAUACAAAAUAAACCCUGUACCCUGCAAUCUGUGCAACUUGUGUUUCUACAUGCUCUCUACAUGUGACUGUGCUAUGUCAGUAAAUUAUUUAAAAUGACUUGACAGCCAUAGAGUAAA